CGAACGUGUGACGUCAGCGAUCCAAAACCGGAUCUCCAUCGCUAUCCGGCCGUCCACUUGGCAGGAUCCUCUCUCACCACUUAUAGAAAAACCCCGAAACGCUUGUCCGCCCGUGGGCCGGGCCUCGUAGCUAUCCAAUCGCUAGGGAGCCACGUGUCGACGUCCCGAAACUUCCAAGUCCUAACCCGCAAAAGGCCUCCGCACACCCCAGGAGGCCCAACCGACGUGUCCCGUUUUGGGCUUCCAUCAGGUGACACUUUUCACGAUUUCAAAGCAGGCCCCGCCAGACCCUACCCGUAUCCUGGGCCCCACGUCCGCCGCGCCACGUUUCACUUUCGACCAAUCAUCUUCGCCCCACGUGUCCACCAGAACACGUGUCGUUGUCUCAGGAGUUAUAAGUACCAGUCACGUCCACAUUUCUGUGCUCCGAGAAAAGCAAGUCCGAGAGGAGAGAGAUCGGGGGAUGGAAGCGAGGGGAGGCUGCUGCAUAGCGCGGUACGCCGGAGUUCCGUACGACGCGGCGAAGGUGGACAGAAUAAUGCUCAGAUUCCGACCGAUCGCGCCGAAGCCGGCCUCCGGGGCGGCGGUGCCCGGCGUUUCGCCGCCGGAGAGUUGCCCGAGGGGCGGGAGAGGGAAGAGAAGGUGCGGCGGCAGCGGCGGUAGAGAGAGCGCCGGCAGACGGUGCGUCAGGAAGAGGAAAGCGUCGUCGGAGACGGAGUCGCCCGUGGUAACGCUGCCGCUGCUGCCGGAGACGCCGGUCUGGAAGGACUCGCCGGCUUCGCCGACGCGGGCGGCAUCGGAGGUCGGGGGACUGGGACUUCCGAGUACAUGGCUGAACUUCGGGAGUGAGAGGAAAGAGGUGGAGGAAGCGGGGGAAGGGGUCGUGGGGUCGUGGGUGACGGUGGAGCGCGUGACGGGGACGCGGGCGGAGGGGGAGUGGAGCUUGGGGAGGACGGACGAGGAGAGGAGGAGGAAUCUGGAGGGGGACGAGUGUCCGGGGUUCAUAUCGGACGGGUGGAACCGGGUGGGGUGGACCAACGGAGCCUACCGGAGGAUGGCUGCGGGCGGCGCCGGAAACUACGAGAAAGUGGGGGUGGUGAUGAAGGAGGGGGUGCCGCGCACGUGCGAGGCGUUCGCGUGCAGGGUGAGGGUGCAGUGUGGGGGGAAGGAGAGGAGCAGCGCGGUGACAAUGCCUUGCGACGCGUGGAGGAUGGACGCCGGCGGGUUUGCAUGGCGGUUGGACGUCCACGCCGCCCUCAGCUUGGGUCGGUAAAAGCCCGACCCACCCAUCUACCCGGAUCCGAAUGAAUGCGGAUCGAUCUACGACGCACGUACUUCCAUAUAUAUAUCCAGUAAGCCUGCGGCAGCUAGUCUUCUACAUAUGAAAGUACGUAUAGUAGAAGGCAAAUUAACAACGUUAAAAUUGUGAAUAUAUAUAUCUGUGGUUGUUUGAUCUCGUCGAAUGUUUUUUGGUAAUUUUUGGCUUUUAUAUAUUUGGAUCCAGUACUCCCUUUUCUUUUUUAACUGUAUGUACGAUCUAUCUAUCUAUCUCUAUCUGGGACUAUUUGGUUGGUUUA